AUGCUGUUAACCCACUUUCGUCGCGCUACUAUUUUGCCAGGUCGCUUGUCAAGACUACACCAGUCACGUCGCACGGUGCGGACGCUCCCUUCUUUCAGCCUGGAAGGCAAAGUGGCAGUCGUGACAGGUGCUGGGCGUGGACUCGGGCACGAGUUCCUGACCGGAUUCGCCCUCUCUGGGGCCCGGGGCGCUUGCAUAGACCUCACACAGCAGACUUCAGACGCUUCCAUAGCGACCAUCCGAGACAAGGUGAAGCAAGCGCAGCCCGACCUACCCGUGCCAACACUGCAAGGCUACGCGUGCGACGCAACAAUCGAGUCCAACGUGAAAGCCACGGUCGACCAAAUCCUCGCCGACUUCGGCCAGAUCGACGUCCUCGUGACGGCCGCGGGCAUGGUCGACAACGUCGAAGCCGAGAACUACGACUACGCCCGCUGGCGACGCAUGCUGGACAUCAACCUGGACGGCACCUUCAUGACGGCGCGCGAGGUCGGCAAGCACAUGAUCGCGCGGGGCGUCAGGGGCUGCUCCAUCAUCCUCGUCGCGAGCAUGACGGCCACGGCUUGUCCCAAGCCGCAGAAACAGGCCGCGUACAACGCGAGCAAGGGCGCCGUCGUCAUGCUGGCCAAGUCGCUGGCCACGGAAUGGGCUCCCCACGGCAUCCGCGUCAACAGCUUGAGUCCCGGUUACACGCGGACGCCGCUGAUACGGGGGCUACUGGAGAGUGAUGGAAGGAGGGACUUGGUCGAUUCCUGGAACGCGGAUAUCCCCAUAGGCAGGAUCGCGGAGCCGCACGAGAUGAUGGGCCCGGCGGUGUGGAUGGCGAGCGAUGCGAGCAGCUACUUGACCGGCAGCGACGUGGUGAGCUUCUUCUUCUUCUUCUUCUGUUCCUCCUCAAAUGCGAUCGAGAGUCGUCUCGCUGACUGA